GCCAAAGGAGGAGGGGCGGUGCAUAACAAAAAGUAAUGGCCAUCUAUUUGGGUCCUGAAGAAAGAAGAUUACCCUAUUUCUGGUCGAACUGCUGCAGGUGCGCUCUAGUUUUGACGUAUAUUAGCUUGUAAGCUAGUCGGUUGCAGUUUUUUCCCCACUUGGAGUUGGCGCCUCGCGCGCGGGUAAAGGCUUAUUACCCGAACCUGAGCCGCGUUGAGGGUUAAAGCAGCGAGCUAUCCACGCUAAUGCUAGCUACUACUACCCACCCCGUGUGUGUUUGUGUGUGUGUGUGUGCCAGCGUCUGGAAGGGCGUACGAGUUUGACGUUUUCCUCCCCUGAAGUCCUCGUUACAUUUCUGGAAAUAUACCCUUACCUAGCGUGGUCGUAUUUCCUAUCUUUAUUAUUAUUCUUUCUGUCGCACAACAUGAAGAGGAGCGAGCAUUUGGAAAGUGUGAAGACGACGAACUUCAACUAAAGAGGAUUAAAAGGCUGCUCGGUGUUCAUGGGGAAAAAGUUGAGCUGAGGAUUAACAACCUGGGAAAAUAAAAGAGAAAAUAAAAGAGAGGUUUCCAGUCUUUCCCACUGCGCAAGGACAUGUUAAAACCUCAGUGAUGGAGCCUACCGUUGUGAGUACGUCCACCGUGGCGCCAGAUGAGUUUGAUAGGAAUGUACCGCGAAUCUGCGGCGUGUGCGGUGACAAGGCCACCGGCUUCCACUUCAACGCCAUGACCUGUGAAGGAUGCAAGGGCUUUUUCAGGCGCAGCAUGAAACGCAAGGCCUCCUUCACGUGUCCCUUUAACGGCAGUUGCACCAUCACCAAGGACAACAGGCGCCACUGCCAGGCAUGCCGGCUUAAACGCUGUGUGGACAUUGGCAUGAUGAAAGAGUUCAUUCUGACAGAUGAGGAAGUGCAGAGAAAGAAGGACCUGAUUCAGCGAAGGAAGGAGGAGGAGGCACAACGUGAAGCAGAAAAGGAAGCACGGAGACCAAGACUCACUGAUGAACAGAGUCACGUCAUCGCCACACUAGUGGAGGCGCACCACAAAACAUACGACGACUCCUACUCUGACUUCUGCCGCUUUCGGCCUCCUGUGCGUGAAGGCCCAGUGACACGAAGCGCUAGCAGAGCAGCCUCUCUCCACUCCUUCUCUGAUGCCUCCUCUGACUCCUUUAGCCACUCUCCAGAGUCUAUUGACACUAAAAUGAACUUCAACAACCUGCUGAUGAUGUAUCAGGAACAUGGCAACAGCCCAGAUUCCAGCGAGGAGGAAGGCUCCAGCUUCUCAAUGCUUCCCCACCUGGCUGACCUGGUCUCUUACAGCAUACAGAAAGUGAUCGGGUUUGCCAAGAUGAUUCCUGGUUUCAGGGAGCUAACUGCAGAGGACCAGAUUGCUCUGCUCAAGUCCAGUGCCAUCGAGGUAAUCAUGCUGCGGUCGAAUCAGAGUUUCAAUCUGGAAGACAUGUCCUGGAGCUGCGGUGGGCCUGACUUUAAAUACCAGAUCAGUGAUGUCACUAAAGCGGGUCACACCUUGGAGCUGCUGGAGCCACUGGUGAAGUUCCAGGUGGGCCUGAAGAAGCUGAACCUACACGAAGAGGAACAUGUACUGCUGAUGGCCAUCUGUUUGCUCUCUCCAGACCGUCCAGGUGUUCAGGAUCACACUAGAAUCGAAGCCCUCCAAGACAAGCUGUCAGAGACCCUGCAGGCCUACAUCCGGCUCCACCACCCGGGAGGACAGCUGCUGUACGCCAAGAUGAUCCAGAAGCUGGCCGACCUGCGCAGCCUCAACGAAGAGCACUCCAAACAGUACCGCUCCCUGUCCUUCCAGCCGGAGCACAGCAUGCAGCUCACUCCGCUGGUGCUGGAAGUGUUCGGCAGCGAAGUCUCCUAGAACCUCAGCGGCGAGGGGAAACGGGAGGGAGAGAGAGCUGAGAAUGUGCUGGAUGGACUUAAAGCUGACGUGGAGUGAGGUGAAGUGGAGCAGAGGAAGUGUAAUGUGUGCGUGUGUGUUAGUGUGUCUCUUCAUGUCCAUAACGUCUGAAGAACAGCGUCUUGGUGCAAAGGCCAAGCUCGUGUGGAGAGCAAGCAGAUGUUCAAUAACACCGUAAACAAGGGAAUGUCAUAUAGUACAAACUAAGCUAUCCAUAGGACUUUAGCCUAUAUAUCUAUAUACGUGUUUUUUCUACUUAUUUAAUUCAAACAGCUGCUUUAAAAAUACCAGGACAUUUUGACUUUUCACAACAAGCAUCCUCAGUUAUACAUUUAGCCAUUCAGUUCAGCUACCUCUUUGUUCUACUGGGUUUUUUUUUAUAACUACAUCACCUCUGUGAAAUGGUCACUUUUACACAAAACAUUUUGGAUGCCAGUGCAAAAAGCAGUGCCUGCACACAACUUUAACUCUUUGAUCAUCUUGGAAUCAAAGCUUUCCUUCCAAGGCAACAUAUGAACAUGACUGUGUAUAAUAUGAACACAUGCCUUUCAACCUUUCACCAAAGGUACAGUCAAAUAAUCUGGAAACAGCUUCCAUUUAUAUAUAUAAAAAAAAAACCUGCUGCUCCAUGGUUCGCUUUCCUCAUGCAGCCAAUCUGCAAGAUGACUAUAAUGAAGGAAAAUAUCAUUACAGAUUUGUACAGAAUCCGGAACAUAGUCUGUAAUUUAUUGAGGUUUUAUAGGACCUUAGGAUUUUAAUAAGGUGGCUGGGUUUGUGGUGAGAAUCAGCCCCUAAAUGUAUUAGCUACUUUUACACUGCUAGUUAUCAAUCAAACCUAGAACUCUUAAUGGCUUGUAACUUCUUAAAGUUUAUUGAUUAAUCUUUGGUUUGAUUGUGUUUGUCUCUGUUCAUAAAUUUUUUGCUAUCGUAUAUAUUCUAAGCACUGUUAAGCCACCCCUCUGCAUCCAGUGUAUUAUCACAGAUGUUUAAAGGGCUAACAUGCCAAACCUAACUGGAACAGUAAGCGGAGGCCAAAGCAAGGGGCCUGUCUUCUUGUUUAUAUAUAGCUGCAUACCAUACUUGGACUCGGCAUAAAUAUGGAUAUAAUUGCAAUAGAUUUUUUUUUCUUCUUUUUCUUUUGUGCGUUUCGCGUCAUUUCGUCUAUAAAAACCAAUUCCAUGAAUUGUUCCUAUCCAGAAUACCGUCAGCUCAGAGGGUGGAGACCCUUUUGAAGCUACUUCGGACCACCACAAAUAUCACACCCCUUUCGUUUCUGACUGGGAAGUGGAUUUUCUAGAAUGUCCGAGGGCCUGGUAGUUGCGGUGGUGCUGUGCACCUCCACAGCCUGGCCCUCCUGUUUGAUGUUGUAUGCUGCGCAGCCCUCUAGUGGCUGCAUCUUGUACAUACCAGGUAUAAAUAUAUAAAUAUAUAUAUUUACAUGCAUAUUAUAAAUAUUUGUCUGCCGCUGUACAUAGGGCUACAAGAAUCCUGAAAAAUGUCUUUUUUUUUCUUUUUUUUUCCGUCCCAGAAAGAAAUAUGCAACCAUAAUUUGUUUCUGAUUCAUUAACACUUUGUUCUAAAGCACUCUGGUCUCUGUUUUUCACUUUAUGUAGGAAAAAGCAAGAAAUGGCUGAAACAGGGAUUUGGUUGAGUGUUUGGUUGGACUGAAUAUCGUCUGUUUAGUGUGAUUUCCUCUUCCACUGUUGAUGUUUUUAGUAAGAGGAUAAGCUGCUCUCACGUAUAAGCCAUAUAAAUUGCCAAGUUAGGUGUAAACCUGCUCUAUUAAUAUACAUCAAACUGAUGACUCUAGAGGCUUAAUAAUUAUGUCCCUAGCUAAACAGGUAUUGAUAUGACUUUAGAAGCAGAAGCUUGUAUGUUUUCAGUAUUCUGCCUUCUCUCUGCUGUCAGUCAUCUUCGGUUAGUCCUUCGCCAAACGGGACAUAAUCCAGACUGCCUGGAAAUGGAAGCAUUUAACAGCUGCAGCCAUUGUUACGACGAGGCUACGUGCAACCCUAAUAGAUGAAACGCUCUUCAAAUUAAUGCAAUUCUCCAAAGAAGUUACUUAGUUUUUUUCUCUAUCCUUAAAGAUGGAGAUGAUUUAGCUGCACAUAACUCUGCAGGAAACAAAAUAAAAGAAAUAGGGAAGGAAAAGUUAAAAGGUAUGAGCAGUAGCCGCACUCCUUGAACUUUUCUGAUUUUUGUCAGGUUAUGAACAAUACCCUAAUUUUCUUUGUAGUAAACAAACACAAAGAUCAUAUUUGUUAAAUAGAAACUAUAGAUUUAUUGUUUUUUAUCUGUAUUAAAAUCCCUUUAUACCUCUACUAAUUCCAGCUCCUACACAGCUACCUGUCCAUGCUAACUAUCCGGAUGGUGCGUUCAGGGUCUAAGCUGUCCACCUUUCAACUUUCUUUCCAUUUCAGAAUUUCUCUCUACUUUGUGUUAAAUAACUGAAGUUUAAAAGUCUAACCUGACAAAGUCAAAGUCAGAAAGAGUUAAAGGACUUUUUAAAGACACUGUUGUAACUUUCAGAUUGAUGGAAGCGGGUGAAAGAGGAGAGCACAAGUAUGUUGUCGGGCUCUCUGCAGCACAUGAGAAGUUGUUUUAACCCAGUUUUUAAAAUCCCCCACACCUAUUAAGACUGUUCUACGUCACUGUGACUUUGUCUUUAUAUCUUCAGUCACUGUGAUGCAAGUCAGGGCUCCACUGUCGGAUAAAAAUCCCUCAUCGAUAUUCCCAAACUUUAAAAUAUCAUGUUUUGCUCUUUGUAUUUAAUUUGACGCGCCCUACAAAAAAUCCUGCUGUGAUUCUAUUGUUGAGGAGUUAAAGCUCGAUUGUGUUUAGGCAGUACCACUUGUGUGAGUAUGGUGUGUCGGUCUGAUAAGGGGUGUUAUGAUGUGCUUGGUUACUGAACUCUUGACUUUUAAAGAUGGUGUCCACGUUUGUCUCUUUUUCCUUUCACCUCAUGAACAAAUACUUUCUGUAUGUCACCGUGGGUUUGAUUUAAGUUCUUGUUCUUCUUUAAUUUCUUUUGUUGUUUUUUGGAGAGGCAGUGUUGAUUUGUGCAUGUCUGGUCGUGUUGGAGCAUGGGUGAAUGUGUAAAAUGCCACAGGGAGAGUUCCCUCCACACAAGAACAGGGUAACAGAGGAGCUCCAGUUGUGGAUUUGACAGCCGAACAGAAAAGCUCACAAGGAUGUAUUAUAGCCACUAAUUGAACACUAAUUGAUUUUUGUGCCCAGUACCACAUGGCAUUGGGGAGAAGGGGAGGGUCCUUUUUGUGCCACUAAAUAUCUGAUUAGAUGAUAGUUUUUUUUUUAUCUUUUUUUUAAUCUUCCAAAAGAUCACCCAAAUACAGUAAAUGUGAAUAUAGUUCAACCCUUAUAGUUUCCUGUUUUUUUUUUAAUCAUGAUUAGGCUACUUAGACUCUGUAUAGAUUUUUUUUUUUAAGAACUGCAUCAUAACACAGUAUCAAUGCCAAUAACAUGCAUACAUCAAGGUACACCAUCACCAGCAAGCUUUACAGAUUCUCUUCUUCUUAAGAUGUUUUUUUUUUCUACGUUUCACUUGUACAACUGUUGCCAUUACAGAACUCUAAAGCUAACAACUGGCAAACAUAUAUUGACACCAAACGGUCGGCCAUUUUCUACGCAAAGGAUUGAAGUUUCCCCUCCCCAAAGCCCCUCACCCUAGGAACAGGUGUCGUAAUGGAGCCGACAUAAAUGUAGUUCUUACGAAAAGGAGUGUCCACAGUGGAUGUAUAUUAUAAUCUACCUAAAAGAAACCUACCUCUUUUUAGCUCAUAUGUUGCUUUAGCAUUAAGAAUUAAAGAAUUUGCCUCUGUUUUUACUUUUUUAAAUAUUUGUAUUCAUGUGGAUAUUUAUUGCUGUCUAAUGAGUCAUACUUCAAUGAUUACCUCAAAGAUAUCUCACACAUUUGGGAGAGUCUAGCUAAUGAAGUCAUUCAUAUAUAUAUUUUUUUUUUCUUUGUUUUUCAUUUUUACAGUUUAUAUGUCCUCUGAAUUAGAAAUGCCUUUUUUUCCCCCCUCUUAACGCACAAAAUACCAGGAGUGUUUUGUUUUAUUUUACUAGUGCCUGUACUCUGACCAUCUGGACCCUGAGGCUGCAUUCGGCCAGGUAGAAAAACUCUCACCUUUAUCGUCCUCGCCGACAGGAUACAGUUAAAAUGGCUGCCAUGAUGCUGAGAUCAACAGCGUCUUGUAGUUUUUAAAGGGCAAGCUAAAUUCAAAUCUCCUGAGUGAAUGCACCUUAAAAAAAAAAAAGAAACCCAAAGGACUUUGCAACAGAAGUGAGUUUUCUUUGGCAAAGCUUGAGCUCUGUAAUGCAUGUCUGUUUUUCCAGUCUUCUCCUUCAGUCCUUCUGUUGCAAAGUCUCUGACAAUUCCCCACCAGUGGGAAUUGAGAUGAAAUCCUCAGUAUCCAUGCAAUGCUGCUUCUUUUCUUUUUAUUUUUUUGACGCUAAAAUGUUGCAUCUAACUGACACUGUAAAUUACGUCCUUCAUUGUGUGAGUUUGCAACAGAAGUGGCAAACUUCCUUGGAUGAUUGCGUGAGUGUGCAAGUUAGCGGCGCUUCCUGGUAAAAAAACAAAAUACUGAUUCCAUUCAGAUCCUUGCAUCAUAUUAACAGUGUUCACUUUGGUGAGUCUUUCUUGUCUUCAUGUCCAACUGCUUCAGGUAAACACUGAAAUAAAUUGGGGGCUUUUUAUUUUAUUUUAUACGAUUGGUAAAUGAAUAGGAACAGUGUUGUCUUAGUAACAUCUGCCCUGAGCUGUGUGCCAUAACCUGCCCCUUUUGCUACACUGGGAGGGAAGGUUUUAAUAGGGCUGGCUUCAACAAGCUCCUCCAAGUCCUCCAACCAAUUUCGUUUCCUCUCAGUUAAGUUUAUAAUACUGUUUUUGUGAAAAAUAACUUCGAAUCUGGCAUCAAAAUUCUUACACUGCGUUCUGACUCCAAAUCAUACCUGAAUCAACGAAAGCACUUAAUAUAGUGUUUGUGACAUGUAGACUGAUUGAGCUACUAGCCAUAAAUUGCCUGUGUUGAUCAGCAUAAUAUGGCUCCAUUUAUCGAGACACUUAGGUCUGCUAAAUUCUAAUGUAAUUUCAGAAUAUCUUUUGGGAUUUUUUCUUUCUUUUGCUAUUAUAAAUUGGUGUUGAUGUAAUGUUAUUUUGUCUGUUUUGCAAAUCAAAAAUAAACAAUUGUAUAUAGCA